GGUAAACACUAGCUAGCAAGCUUUUUAUUGUAUUUAUUUGGUUGUAUCCUAGCAAGCUUAGAAUACUUUCAUAAAAUAGCACAUCAAAACGGUGAUUUUCCACAUAAAGAGGCGACACGAAUCUAACGUAUCGUGAACACGACUCGGUAGAAUUCCAUGAUUGUACUGAAGGUUGUGCCAUGGAUUCUGUAGACGAGGACGUGUCUGCUCGAGUUCUCCUGCAAAGUGUAAUUCAUACGGAGUCCUCCAGGUCCCCAAUUACCCACAGUGCCUCCCAGGCUCAGUUCCAGUCCCCGGGGUCCAGAGCCAGAUGUAGUAUCAGACUAAGGAGGAGUGAUGUUGGGGCCCUUACACCACAGGAGGCCCUCAAACAGAGCAUCAAAAAGAAGCUUCAUAAGAGCACUUCCAGGUUUACCCUGCCAGUGCCACCCAGUAAGAGGCGGACUAUAUCAGAGGGAGUCAGGAAGAUAAACACGCCUGCACCAGCCACAGCCUCACUUCUCUAUGAUGAUGACAUCACACCUAGAUACCUACUCAGGGGGAUCCUGCAGACAGAGCCGGAGACAUCCCUUCUGGUUCAGGACCGGCCAGUCAAGAAGGAGCCAGAGCUGCCCUCCACAAACUCCAGUCUUCACAGCAACCGCCCAAGUACAGGACUGUCUGACUUGGAUUUCCCUGACAUGACCACCACAGUAAACCUGUCAAAUACGGUGAAGGGACUAAGCAGGAAGCGACCACGUCGGAGUCUCAACAUAACAGCAUUCAACAGGCAGCUUGAACAUGAAGAUGGAGAGGCUGAAGGUGGCAGUGCAACAGAAAAAGACCUCUCAUCCCUGUCUUCUGCCUCUCCAAACUCUACCACCUUCUCCCUGAAAACACCCUUUGUGGAUGUUCAGACUGAGAAAAGGGGAUUUCAAAGGAAGGUAACAAAUCGUAAAAAAAUUUGCCUUGAGGAGUUUGACGAGGCCCUACAGAAUCGACUGCCGGCGAUGGGUGGAGACCCUGAUUCUUUUUUUGCAGAUGGAGAGGCUGAAGGUGGCAGUGCAACAGAAAAAGACCUCUCAUCCCUGUCUUCUGCCUCUCCAAACUCUACCACCUUCUCCCUGAAAACACCCUUUGUGGAUGUUCGGACUGAGAAAAGGGGAUUUCAAAGGAAGGUAACAAAUCGUAAACAAAUUUGCCUUGAGGAGUUUGACGAGGCCCUACAGAAUCGACUGCCGGCGAUGGGUGGAGACCCUGAGCUGAGUGUUAGGGAGGAUCAACAGGGUCUCAGUGAGACCGUUCGGUCUGAGGGGUUCACCUUGGGACAGAGUGACCUCACCGCUCCUGACAUCACCCAUGACAUCAUCACCAGCAACACAGCGCUCUACUCCCUGCCUGUUGACACAGCAACAACCUUCACUAUCACCACCCAGGACAAAGACACCAUCACGGGAACACAGAUCCAGCGAGAAAUGGGAGGAAUGAAGGAUGAGGAUAAGAAAAUGAUGGAGGAGGUAGGGGAACAAAAUGAGGACAAGAUGGAAUUAGACAACAAAGAUGGAGAGGAUUUGGCUGGAGAUGCUGGGCAGAGAGAGGACUCAGUGAGACAGAAGGUGUCCAAAUCACAGACUAUAGAAGCGGUAGCUGACUCCCAGACAGAAGAGGACGAGGUGGCUGAAUCUCAGACAGAAGAGGACGAGGUGGCUGAAUCUCAGACAGAAGAGGACGAGGUGGCUGAAUCUCAGACAGAAGAGGACGAGGUGGCUGAAUCUCAGACAGAAGAGGACGAGGUGGCUGAAUCUCAGACAGAAGAGGACGAGGUAGCUGACUCCCAGACAGAAGAGGACGAGGUGGCUAAAUCUCAGACGGAAGAGGACGAGGUGGCUGAAUCUCAGACAGAAGAGGACGAGGUGGCUGAAUCUCAGACAGAAGAGGACGAGGUGGCUGAAUCUCAGACAGAAGAGGACGAGGUGGCUGAAUCUCAGACAGCAGAGGACGAGGUGGCUGAAUCUCAGACAGCAGAGGACGAGGUGGCUGAAUCUCAGACAGCAGAGGACGAGGUGGCUGAAUCUCAGACAGCAGAGGACGAGGUGGCUGAAUCUCAGACAGCAGAGGACGAGGUGGCUGAAUCUCAGACAGCAGAGGACGAGGUGGCUGAAUCUCAGACAGCAGAGGACGAGGUGGCUGAAUCUCAGACAGCAGAGGACGAGGUGGCUGAAUCUCAGACAGCAGAGGACGAGGUGGCUGAAUCUCAGACAGCAGAGGACGAGGUGGCUGAAUCUCAGACAGCAGAGGACGAGGUGGCUGAAUCUCAGACAGCAGAGGACGAGGUGGCUGAAUCUCAGACAGCAGAGGACGAGGUGGCUGAAUCUCAGACAGCAGAGGACGAGGUGGCUGAAUCUCAGACAGCAGAGGACGAGGUGGCUGAAUCUCAGACAGCAGAGGACGAGGUGGCUGAAUCUCAGACAGCAGAGGACGAGGUGGCUGAAUCUCAGACAGCAGAGGACGAGGUGGCUGAAUCUCAGACAACAGAAGAUGUAGCAGAUGAAAGGGGACAGGUAGUGGAAGAAGGGCAGGAAAAAAGAUUGAUAUCACAGAGUUUAACACACAAUGCGAUGCACAUCAGUCGGAGAGCUUAUUGCUCAGAGGGUGGCGCCAAGGUUGCUGGAGUGAUGGAAGGAGGGAGGGGCUACAAGAGCAUGGGAGCAGCGCUCCAUCCUACAGAGACUGGGUGGGCAGGCAGAAGGUCAGAGGGGGACACGGCUGGUGAGUGGCACAGCGGGCCGGAGGUGGGAGCUAGUGAGAGCGCCCACACCCGCACAGUAACCCUUGGCAGCGUCCCUCCCUCCCCGUUGCCCCAGGAAGAUGAGCUGGAAGGUUUGAGUAGAACUGGCACCAGCCUUGGCAAUGAGGAGAUGGAGAACUCCAUCCCCCCUUUAGAGAUUACCUUUGAACCUGAGAACAACGCCCCUCACAGCAGCAACUCAUCCCUGCACCCCAUCACUGCCCAGAGCCCAGCUGAGCAUGAGGAGGACUGGGAUGAUGUGGAAGAGGGGGAUGGUAUCCAGAGUGAAGAGCUGUCCAUGAAGACUCCUGCGUUUGUCAGAGAGAAGAGGAAUGCUCUGCCUAUUGACCCCCUGGCCACACCCACUGUUCUCAAAGACCUUCAACCAAGUGUUUCGGCUGGUGCUGCAGCUGCGGUGAAGCCCAAAGCGGUGAGGGGAAAGCGGACUGGAUCAGCCAAGAAGGAUCCUGGUCUCUCUAAGAGCUACGUCAUGAGCGUGUUCAAACACUUCGCCAAGACCAAGGUGUCUACAGAUGUCUACCCUGUCCUAAAGGAGAUAAUGGAGCACUACUUUGACCGGCUAGCUGAUGACUUGGAGACGUUUGCUGCUCACGCCAAGAGGAAGACCAUUGAGGUAGAGGACGUAGAGCUGCUGAUGCGGAGACAGGGGUUUGUGACCGACAGCAUGCCAGUAAAUGUAUUGAUUGAGAAAUAUCUCCCAAUGGAAUCCCGAAAGCUCCUCAUUCCCGUGGCAACAAGUGGUAACUACGUCAUUCCCAAACCGAGGAGAAAAUGAUCAGCCUAUACUGAGAAUGAUCAGCCCAAAUGAGGGCUGAUGUUGUAUAUUUGAUUGAAUAUUUAUCAUUCAAACACAGCCAGGACAAGACCAUGUAACCUGGUGUAAAUGUGUUGUAUUUGUUUGAAUAUGGCUUUCUUUUAUAUUUGUUGAAUAUUACUGCAAAAUGUUUUAUUUGAUUUAUUCAGUAGUCUGGCAUUUGUACGUACCUUUGGAUGAGAAAGGAGACUGGAGUUAAAGCCCUGAGGUUAAGAGUGCCUUGGCUUCCAUCAGAGCAACCUGAAAGACACAACCAAUACAAGCACUAUAGUUUGUAGACAUAAUCUAAUGUCCUCAUGCUGCCCCCAGUUUUCAAAAUCGACCCAGCUAAUCACAGUACAGUCAGAAUAAAAAAAGCAAUAAUUCAAACUUUCGCAUUCGAUACUUUGGGGUGUAAUCAUUACUCCAAUUCUGUUUAAAAACGUUUUGCAACCAACCAUUUACUCCAAACAGAAAAUGGAUACGACAGUUUCUAUUGGACUAAUUCAGGUAGGCCCGGUUUCGUUGGCCGUGUUUGCUUUCGUUUGGUUCUUGGUAAACGGUCAGUUUUCAGGCCGUACACACCGACUGUGUAUGCGUUUUGGUAGACUAGAAGUACAUUCAUUUCCAGUGGAACGAUUCGUUUGCCUUACAGCAUUACGUUGCAGAGGCAGUUGUAAUCCGUUGUGUAGUAAAUCGAAUGUAUGCAUUAAAUUGUAUGCGUAGAAUGUUGAAUUUUUGUUGCACCCAUAUCCAGUAAAAAAAGUGGGAUUCCAUAAUAAAAAGUUGAAUUACAUA